UGCAGGCCCGGCCCAGCGUAACGGGAGCUGCCUGGCAGGAAAAAGCGCCAACCCAGGCCUCGCCGCUGAACGCCAGCACUGCAGCCGCCGCUGGGAAGCGGCCGCACCAAACAGCUGGUGACGCAAAACUAAAAAAAAAAAAAAGUGGGGGGGGGAAGCCGCCCAGGCGCCCCCGAAAGGAGACUCUCCGCCAGGUUCGCGAGACAGCGGGCGUCUUCCUACAGCGCCUGGGGUAGGCUAAGCCAGCGUCUCGAGUAGCAGCAGCAACAACUCGGCUUCUCACCGGCAUGAGACGUAGCCCCGUUGGUUGCUGCUGCUGCGGCUCCUGCCGCCUGGGAUGAGAAAGUCUUCGGCCACACCCGCCGCAGCCGCCUCCUCCUCCUCCUCCCCCCAUCGCCAGCAGAACCAGCAGCAGCGGCGCCCGGGAGCGAAGCGGGCCUCGGCACUAGACCCAAGAGCAGCGGCGGAAACAGGGGACGCUGUGUGGGGGUUAUGCAAUGGUCUCUGCAAGAUGGCUUGUUCUUGAGUUGGAGCUUUUUAAAACAGACAUAUGCUGGUACUUCAACUUUAUUAAGCGGACUAUAAGUUUUUCUCUUUCAACAACUACAUAAGCAGACAAAAUUGCAAAAAUCUGCCCUGUUUCGAGUAUGACAGCCACGACCCGUGGCUCUCCAGUAGGAGGGAAUGACAGCCAGGGCCAGGCUCCUGAUGGACAGUCCCAGCCUCCUCUCCAGCAGAAUCAGACUUCCUCACCUGAUUCUUCAAAUGAGAAUUCCCCAGCAACCCCCCCUGAUGAACAGGGCCAAGGUGAUGCUCCACCACAACUUGAAGAUGAAGAGCCUGCAUUUCCACACACUGACCUGGCCAAAUUGGAUGACAUGAUCAACAGACCUCGUUGGGUUGUUCCUGUAUUGCCUAAAGGGGAGUUAGAAGUUCUUCUAGAAGCUGCUAUUGAGCUUAGCAAAAAAAGUCUUGAUGUUAAAAGUGAAGCAUGUCAGCGUUUUUUUCGAGAUGGGUUAACAAUUUCUUUCACGAAAAUCCUUACAGAUGAGGCAGUGAGUGGCUGGAAGUUUGAGAUUCAUAGAUGUAUCAUUAACAACACUCACCGACUAGUUGAACUCUGUGUGGCAAAGCUGGCCCAAGAUUGGUUUCCUCUUCUUGAACUUCUUGCAAUGGCCUUAAAUCCUCAUUGCAAAUUCCAUCUUUACAAUGGUACACGUCCCUCUGAAACUGUUCCUGCUGGAGUUCAGCUGGCUGAAGAUGAACUUUAUGCUCGUCCCCCAGACCCACGGUCACCGAAGGGCUGGCUAGUAGAUCUCAUCAACAAGUUUGGCACAUUAAAUGGGUUUCAGAUCCUACAUGAUCGUUUUAUGAGUGGAUCAGCACUGAAUGUUCAGAUUAUUGCAGCUCUCAUCAAGCCAUUUGGACAGUGCUAUGAGUUUCUAACACUGCAUACAGUGAAGAAAUACUUCCUUCCAAUUAUAGAAAUGGUUCCACAGUUUUUAGAAAACUUAACUGAUGAUGAACUGAAAAAAGAAGCCAAGAAUGAAGCCAAAAAUGAUGCUUUGUCAAUGAUAAUCAAAUCUCUAAAGAAUUUAGCCUCAAGAGUUCCAGGACAAGAGGAAACUGUAAAAAACUUAGAAAUAUUUAGAUUAAAAAUGAUACUUAGGUUGCUGCAAAUUUCAUCUUUCAAUGGAAAAAUGAAUGCACUAAAUGAAGUUAACAAGGUAAUAUCCAGUGUGUCAUAUUAUACCCAUCGACAUGGCAAUCCUGAAGAGGAGGAAUGGCUUACAGCAGAAAGAAUGGCUGAGUGGAUCCAGCAAAAUAACAUCUUAUCGAUUGUGUUAAGGGAUAGUCUACAUCAACCUCAGUAUGUAGAAAAGUUAGAGAAAAUUCUUCGUUUUGUCAUCAAGGAAAAGGCUCUCACCUUGCAAGAUCUUGACAACAUUUGGGCUGCACAGGCAGGAAAACAUGAAGCCAUUGUGAAAAAUGUACAUGACCUCCUUGCAAAAUUGGCCUGGGAUUUCUCUCCUGAACAGCUUGACCAUCUGUUUGAUUGUUUUAAGGCAAGUUGGACAAAUGCAAGCAAAAAGCAGCGUGAAAAGCUACUUGAGCUAAUUCGUCGUCUUGCAGAAGAUGAUAAAGAUGGUGUGAUGGCACACAAAGUACUGAACCUCCUAUGGAAUUUAGCACAUAGUGAUGAUGUUCCAGUUGAUAUCAUGGACCAGGCUCUCAGUGCUCACAUUAAAAUCUUAGAUUAUAGUUGUUCACAGGAUCGAGAUACGCAAAAAAUACAGUGGAUAGACCGUUUUAUAGAAGAGCUUCGCACAAAUGACAAAUGGGUCAUUCCUGCACUGAAACAAAUUAGAGAAAUUUGCAGUUUGUUUGGUGAAGCACCACAAAACUUGAGUCAAACUCAGCGAAGUCCCCAUGUGUUUUAUCGCCAUGAUCUAAUCAAUCAACUUCAGCACAAUCAUGCUCUAGUAACUUUAGUUGCAGAAAAUCUUUCAGCAUAUAUGGAAAGCAUGAGACAGUAUGCUAAAGAACAUGGAGAAUAUGAUCCACAAACUGUAAGACCAGGGAGCAGAUACAGUCAUGUGCAAGAAGUCCAAGAACGGCUGAACUUCCUACGAUUUUUACUGAAGGAUGGUCAACUAUGGCUCUGUGCUCCUCAGGCAAAACAAAUAUGGAAAUGUUUAGCUGAAAAUGCAGUGUACCUGUGUGACCGUGAAGCCUGUUUUAAAUGGUAUUCUAAACUCAUGGGAGAUGAACCGGAUUUAGACCCUGACAUUAAUAAAGACUUCUUUGAAAACAAUGUUCUUCAGUUGGACCCUUCACUCUUAACAGAAAAUGGUAUGAAAUGUUUUGAACGUUUCUUCAAAGCUGUGAACUGUCGAGAAGGGAAGCUAGUCGCAAAGAGACGAGCCUAUAUGAUGGAUGACUUGGAGUUAAUAGGAUUAGAUUAUCUUUGGAGGGUUGUAAUUCAAGGAAAUGAUGACAUUGCCAGUCGAGCAAUAGAUCUACUAAAAGAAAUCUAUACCAAUCUUGGUCCAAGAUUACAAGUUAAUCAGGUAGUAAUCCAUGAAGACUUCAUUCAAUCCUGCUUUGACCGUUUGAAAGCAUCCUACGAUACUUUGUGUGUUUUGGAUGGCGAUAAAGACAGUAUUAAUUGUGCAAGGCAAGAAGCGAUCCGAAUGGUGCGAGUGUUGACGGUUUUAAGGGAGUAUAUAAAUGAAUGUGACAGUGAUUACCACGAAGAACGAACAAUUCUACCAAUGUCAAGAGCUUUUCGUGGUAAGCACAUCUCUCUGGUAGUACGUUUUCCUAACCAAGGUCGGCAAGUGGAAGAUUUGGAUGUUUGGUCCCAUACAAAUGACACAAUUGGUUCAGUCAGACGUUGCAUUCUCAACCGUAUUAAAGCCAACAGUGCACAUACAAAAGUAGAAUUAUUUAUCGGAGGCGAACUAGUAGAUCCUGUAGAUGAUAGGAAAUUAAUUGGACAGCUAAAUCUCAAAGAUAAAACACUAAUUACAGCCAAGCUUACACAAAUAAGUUCAAAUAUGCCUUCAAGCCCAGAUAGUUCUUCUGAUUCCUCUACUGGUUCUCCUGGAAACCAUGGCAACCACUAUAGUGAUGGUCCAAAUCCAGAAGUUGAAAGUUGCUUGCCUGGAGUUAUCAUGUCACUGCAUCCUAGAUACAUCUCAUUUCUUUGGCAAGUUGCAGACUUAGGCAGUAGCCUAAAUAUGCCGCCUCUUAGAGAUGGUGCACGUAUCCUUAUGAAAUUAAUGCCACCAGAUAACACUACUGUAGAGAAACUAAGAGCUAUUUGUUUAGACCAUGCAAAACUUGGUGACAGCAGCCUUAGUCCAUCCCUUGAUUCUCUUUUCUUCGGUCCUUCUGCCUCACAAGUGCUAUAUCUUACAGAGGUAGUUUAUGCCUUGCUAAUGCCUGCCAAUUUACCUCUGGGAGAAGAUGCCACUGACUUCCAGUACAACUUCUUAAAAAGUGGUGGCUUGCCUCUUGUGCUGAGUAUGCUGACUAGAAAUAACUUCCUGCCAAAUGCAGAUAUGGAAACAAGAAGGGGUGCCUACCUAAAUGCUCUAAAAAUAGCAAAACUAUUGCUAACUGCAAUUGGCUAUGGCCAUGUGAGAGCUGUGGCAGAAGCGUGUCAGCCAGUUGUAGAGGGCACAAGCCCAAUGUCACCGAUCAACCAAGCGACUCAUGACCAGGCAGUGGUGUUACAAACUGCUCUACAGAACAUUCCCAACCCAACCUCAGAGUGCAUGUUAAGAAAUGUAGCAAUACGCCUUGCACAGCAAAUAUCUGAUGAGGCUUCAAAGUAUAUUCCUGAUAUUUGUGUUAUUAGAGCAGUACAAAAAAUAGUUUGGGCUUCAGGAUGUGGAUCGGUACAGCUGGUAUUCAGCUCAAAUGAGGACAUUAGUAAAAUUUAUGAGAAGACAAAUGCAGGCAAUGAACCAGAUGCAGAAGAUGAACAAGUUUGCUGUGAAGCACUCGAAGCAAUGACCCUUUGUUUUGCCUUGAUUCCAACAGCAUUGGAUGCACUUAGUAAAGAAAAAGCAUGGCAGACAUUUAUCAUUGACUUGUUGCUGCAUUGUCACAGCAAAACUGUUCGUCAGAUGGCACAGGAGCAGUUCUUCUUAAUGGCUACCAGAUGUUGUAUGGGACAGAGACCUCUUCUUUUCUUUAUUACUCUGUUAUUUACUGUAUUAGGGAGUACUGCACGAGAACGUGCAAAGCAUUCAGGGGAUUACUUUACUCUAUUAAGACAUCUUCUUAAUUAUGCUUACAAUAGUAAUAUUAAUGUGCCCAAUGCUGAAGUUCUGCUUAAUAAUGAAAUUGACUGGCUUAAAAGGAUUAGGGAUGAAGUGAAAAGAACAGGAGAAACAGGUGUAGAAGAGACCAUCUUAGAGGGUCACCUUGGAGUAACAAAGGAAUUACUAGCAUUCCAAACUCCUGAAAAAAAAUACCAUAUUGGUUGUGAAAAAGGAGGUGCUAAUCUCAUUAAAGAAUUGAUAGAUGAUUUCAUCUUUCCAGCCUCUAAUGUUUACUUACAGUACAUGAGGAAUGGAGAAUUGCCCGCUGAGCAGGCCAUACCAGUCUGUAGUUCCCCAGCUACCAUUAAUGCUGGAUUUGAGUUGCUAGUAGCACUAGCAGUGGGCUGCGUUCGAAACCUCAAGCAAAUAGUAGAUACUUUGACUGAAAUGUAUUACAUAGGCACCGCAAUAACUACUUGUGAAGCACUUACUGAAUGGGAAUAUCUGCCACCUGUUGGACCACGACCACCAAAGGGAUUUGUAGGGCUAAAAAAUGCUGGUGCCACUUGUUACAUGAAUUCUGUCAUUCAGCAACUGUACAUGAUUCCUGCCAUCAGGAAUGGGAUCCUUGCAAUUGAGGGCACAGGCAGUGAUGUAGAUGAUGAUAUGUCUGGGGAUGAGAAGCAAGACAAUGAGAGCAAUGUUGACCCGCGAGAUGAAGUGUUUGGCUAUCCACAUCAGUAUGAAGAUAAACCAACUUUAAGUAAAACAGAAGACAGGAAAGAAUACAACAUAGGCGUAUUAAGACAUCUCCAGGUCAUAUUUGGUCACUUAGCAGCUUCUAGAUUACAGUACUAUGUACCAAGAGGAUUUUGGAAGCAAUUUAGACUCUGGGGUGAACCUGUAAAUCUGCGUGAACAGCAUGAUGCUUUAGAAUUUUUUAAUUCCUUGGUGGAUAGUCUAGAUGAAGCUUUAAAAGCCUUGGGUCACCCAGCAAUGUUAAGUAAAGUUUUGGGAGGAUCCUUUGCUGAUCAGAAGAUCUGUCAAGGCUGCCCACAUAGGUACGAAUGUGAAGAAUCUUUUACAACACUGAAUGUAGAUAUAAGAAAUCACCAAAACCUGCUUGACUCCUUGGAACAGUAUGUCAAAGGAGAUUUACUGGAAGGUGCAAAUGCAUAUCAUUGUGAAAAAUGCAAUAAAAAGGUUGAUACAGUGAAACGCUUGUUAAUUAAAAAGUUACCACCAGUUCUUGCCAUCCAGCUAAAACGAUUUGACUAUGAUUGGGAAAGGGAAUGUGCAAUCAAGUUCAAUGAUUAUUUUGAGUUUCCACGAGAGUUGGACAUGGAACCUUAUACCGUGGCAGGAGUAGCGAAACUAGAAGGAGAUGAUGUAAAUCCUGAAAACCAGCUGAUACAGAAUGAACAAUCUGAAAAUGAGCAUUCUGGAAGUACUAAAUACAGACUAGUGGGUGUGUUGGUGCAUAGUGGACAGGCCAGUGGUGGACAUUACUAUUCUUACAUUAUUCAGAGAAACGGUGGAGAUGGUGAGAAAAACAGAUGGUAUAAAUUUGAUGAUGGCGAUGUAACAGAAUGCAAAAUGGAUGAUGAUGAAGAAAUGAAAAAUCAGUGUUUUGGUGGAGAAUACAUGGGGGAAGUAUUUGAUCAUAUGAUGAAGCGCAUGUCCUACAGACGUCAGAAGAGGUGGUGGAAUGCUUAUAUACUUUUUUAUGAACGUAUGGAUACAGUAGACAAAGACAAUGAACUAAUAAAAUAUAUUUCCGAACUUACAAUGACCACUAAACCCCAUCAGAUUAAAAUGCCAUCUGCCAUUGAGCGAAGUGUACGGAAGCAAAAUGUACAGUUCAUGCAUAACCGAAUGCAGUACAGCCUAGAAUAUUUCCAGUUCGUAAAGAAAUUGCUCACCUGCAACAGUGUCUACCUAAAUCCUCCUCCAGGACAAGAUCAUCUGUUGCCUGAAGCAGAAGAAAUAACCAUGAUUAGUGUUCAGCUUGCUGCUAGGUUCCUCUUUACCACAGGAUUUCACACAAAGAAAAUAGUCCGUGGUCCUGCCAGUGACUGGUAUGAUGCUUUGUGCAUUCUCCUUCGUCACAGCAAGAAUGUACGUUUUUGGUUUGCACACAAUGUCCUUUUCAAUGUUUCAAAUCGAUUCUCGGAGUACCUUUUGGAAUGUCCUAGUGCUGAAGUGAGGGGAGCUUUUGCAAAACUUAUAGUAUUUAUUGCACAUUUUUCAUUACAAGAUGGACCAUGUCCUUCACCUUUUGCUUCACCUGGACCUUCUAGUCAGGUCUAUGACAAUUUAAGUUUGAGUGACCACUUGCUAAGAGCAGUACUGAAUCUUCUUAGAAGAGAAGUGUCUGAACACGGGCGUCAUUUGCAGCAAUAUUUCAACUUGUUUGUGAUGUAUGCCAACUUAGGUGUAGCAGAAAAAACACAGCUUUUAAAAUUAAAUGUACCUGCCACAUUUAUGCUUGUGGCUCUGGAUGAAGGCCCAGGUCCUCCAAUCAAAUACCAGUAUGCUGAACUUGGCAAACUGUACACUGUGGUGUCGCAGCUGAUCCGCUGUUGCAAUGUGUCAUCACGUAUGCAGUCUUCUAUCAAUGGUAAUCCUCCACUUAGUAACCCCUAUGGUGAUCCUAAUUUAUCACAGCCAAUAAUGGCACUUCAGCAGAAUGUGGCAGACAUCUUGUUUGUGCGAACUAGUUACGUGAAAAAAAUAAUUGAAGAUUGCAGUAACUCAGAAGAGACCAUCAAACUACUUCGCUUCUGCUGUUGGGAGAAUCCUCAGUUUUCAUCUACAGUCCUCAGUGAACUACUCUGGCAGGAAAUAACGAAGCAGAGUGUAGGUGAGAGUGGAAGAAGGGAGCAGGUUGCAUAUUCAUAUACAUAUGAACUUCGACCUUACUUGGAUCUGCUUCUACAAAUCUUGUUAAUUGAGGACUCUUGGCAAACUCACAGGAUUCACAAUGCACUUAAAGGAAUUCCAGAUGAUCGAGAUGGGCUAUUUGAUACCAUUCAACGCUCUAAGAACCAUUAUCAAAAAAGGGCUUACCAGUGCAUAAAGUGUAUGGUGGCUCUCUUCAGCAACUGUCCAGUAGCCUACCAGAUCUUACAGAGCAAUGGAGAUUUGAAGAGAAAAUGGACCUGGGCAGUAGAGUGGCUUGGAGAUGAGCUUGAACGUAGGCCAUAUACUGGCAACCCACAGUAUACAUAUAACAACUGGUCCCCACCGGUCCAGAGUAAUGAAACAUCAAAUGGUUACUUUCUGGAAAGAUCACAUAGUGCAAGAAUGACCCUUGCAAAGGCUUGUGAGCUAUGCCCAGAGGAGGAACCAGAUGAUCCAGAUGCCCCUGAUGAGCAUGAGUCCUCUCCACCAGAAGAUGCUCCAUUGUAUCCCCAUUCACCUGGCUCCCAGUAUCAACAGAAUAACCAUGUGCAUGGACAACCAUAUACAGGCCCAGCAGCACAUCAUAUGAACAACCCUCAGCGAACCGGCCAACGAGCACAAGAAAAUUAUGAAGGCAGUGAAGAGGUUUCACCGCCUCAGACAAAAGAAUAGUAGAAAUGCACAUAAGUAACUUGCUCCAUCAAGACUGUGCACCCAGGCCUUACAGUCCAACUUUUCUCUGUGUCUGGCUUAUAUUUAGAAAAAAAACUAUUCCUAAUCAACAUGGAGUGAAGAGUCUAUUCACUGUCUUAUCUGCAGAAAAUUGCUGUCAAUAUAUAACCUGCCUGCAGUGGAAAGUGUAUAGUGUUUUGUAAUAAAUGGCCUGAUGCUAAUGUGUAAAUGGCAAAGGUGUAUAUAGUAUAUUAAUGUUUGACUGUUAAUUCUUAAGCAAGAAACAUUUUUUUUGUCUUGAUGAGACUCACAGAUCUACAACAAUUAAUUUCUUGAUAUAUCUGCUGCGCUCUACAACCAGUGUUGCCUGCCUAAUGGCAGUUGGAUCAACUCCUUCUCCCCCCCCCCCCACGAAAAGUAAGCCUCUCCAUGUCAACCAGAAAACUAGUUUCAUGUAAUUCUUUGCCACUGGAGUCGAUUUUACUAUGAGCAACGUAAUGACUGGUAACCUUUUAAUUAUUUGGUUGAUGUGGAAAAUUGGUGAUGUAACAUUGUUUCUAGGUCUUUUUUCAUUGCCUUUUUCAUUCUGGUAUUAGGUUAAUCACUUUGAAGCUAUAGUUAAGCUGUAACAUUUAGCAUGGCUUCACACCAGGUUAGUGUAGCCAGUGAGGAAAGAAAAAUUACAGUUGUCCCAAAGUGACAACUGUGUUGUUCAGAGCCUUUUCUUCUGACAUCUAGAUUAUAAAACAGGGAGGGGAGGGUUGGGCAAUGUGACAAACAAGUGGUUUUCAGUUGCACAUAUGUUCCUCACAUCUAAUGUUUGACAGUUCUGUCUCUGGGUGGGAUAAAAGAACACUUAGUUUUCAGUAAUAGGAAAUUAAAAGAUUUAAAACAAAUAUGCAAAUUUUUGCUAUGCCAGGAUGCCUGGAGCAUAAUAGACUGUAUUUGGUGUGCUUGUUUUGUUCCUUUGGUAGAGCUUAUUUGAUAAACUUCUAAUACUUUCCUUUCUACUGCAUUGCAGUGAAGUGGAAGUCAACAAAAUCACACAAUACUUGUGAGUGCCACUGCACCAAGUUAACUUGCUGGUUUUCUGCUCAUUCACAAUUCUACUUGAAAGCAAGAAUUGUCUUAGCUCUUUAUCCAUUAUAAGAGAAAUCUUAACCUUAGAAGCAGGGUUUGAUUAUUGAGAACAACAAUUACUACUGGUUAGUCAAAGACAAAUCUGAGGUAUCUCUAUUCCAGAGUAAACACUUGUUUAAAGACUUCAAGGAACGCAUCAGUAAAUACUGUAUUUAAAUUAAAAUUGGUAACUUGAAUGUGUGUAAUUAUUUUGGAACCUGUCAAAAAACCAAAUACCCCUGCAAAACAGAUACAGCCCACCCUAUACUAUUUAAAUAUUUGCUGUUUUAUUUUAUAGAAAUUAUUUUGCUGAAUUCACAAAUAGAAUUUGAUUUACGAAGACCAUUUUUGUCCUGUGGUGUGUGUGUGGGUUUUUUUUAAAAAACAAACAGACAAAAACACUGCGCAGGUAUUUGAAUUCUGUGCACUAUACUGAAUUCUGGAACUGAAGUCGCAUUGAGAUUUGGUGGACAGAAAUUUGACCCUUGACAAAGAAUAAAAAAAAAGAAAACUGUAA